UUUACAAUCUCGUACCUGCUCCUGCAAAAUUUCUCAGUUCCUGGAAACAAGAAUGAAAGAAUUAUUUCUUGAGACAGAGCUGCCAACCCAUCAUCUCGUGUGCUUCCACACAGCCCGUGAUGCCUCUCAUCGUUAUUGUGGUUUCCAGACUGCAGAGCCAGGGAACCCCCUUUUCCCUGCCGGGGGCCAGGAGGAAGAGCCGAGUUCCCAGUUCUGCCUCCUUCUCCAGCUGUCCCCGGGCGCUGUCCGGGUGUCCCUGCCUGGAGAGGGCAGCCGAGCACCGCUGAGGCUGCUGCCAAAGCCCCGAGCCGCACACGCUGCCCAAGGGGAAGGAGGCAAAGCGGGAUUUGGAGAGGACGGGGUGUAACCGCUGCUGAUGUCACCGAGUGAGGAACUGGCAUCCCAGCAGGAGGGAAAGUUGAGUUCCCGGCUGGAGAAUCGAGCUGUGGUGCUGGGACGGGGCUGUGGGGUGGCUCUGUGGGUGGCAGAGCCAGGUGAGGAGCAUCCAAGAGCCAAGGAUCACAUCUUUGCUUCGCCUCCAAGGCUCCCCACUGCAGCCUGUGUGGUCCACAUCCAACCACAGUGUGGCCAACUCCUUUGGGAUUUGGGGCCAGCUUGCCUGUCCCCCCUGAGCGGUGAUACUGUCCCUGGUGUCACCCGGCAGGGAAAGCUGUCCCUGCUUUCCAGCGGCACCAGCACAGCCCAGCCCCAGGCAGCUGCUGCCCAGCCGAGGGGAAGUGUCACGGGAGGAAGGAUGGAUGAGAGCAGGUACAGCAGCCAGCACAGCCUCUGCAGCCCCGGGUCCUUCCUGACCACAUGGAUUGUGUAGCUGAAGACCUUGAGGCGUUUUCCUUCCACUUGAAGAGAGAAAAUCACCUCGUUGCUCUGGCAUGAGCGGGCUGUGUUCAGAGAAACUCAGGGGCACGGGUGAGGUUUGUGCUGCUCGUGGAGCUGCAGGCACAGACAGCAGAUUUCUGAGCUUGCCCUUAGACCUGUACAUCCAGAUUUUUCCACAUCUGCCUCCUUGCUUUUUUCCUCCUCCAUACUUUUCCAUGUUCUCAGAGAAAUCAGGAGGAGAACCUGAAUGUCUCUUGCCUCAAACUCUGCAGUUACGUGGAGAAAUGAGAGGGACUGGGAGGACAAUUUCAGCGAGCCAGAGGGUUUGGGUGGUUGCAGAUGUGGCACGAGCAGGCAGCAGAACACAACACCCAGAGGAGAAGGGAGGAAGGAAAGAAAACCCGACACACGUUCCCCGAAAGAAUGUGACAGAGAGCAAGGAAGCAGAGGAAGGAUUCACACUGAUGGAUCUCCAACCCAGGGGAAUAAACCAGAAUGGUUCAACAAACCCAGACGAAACCAGAAGUGCCGUGAGAGGAGAGGGAAGCAGGCGCUGUCCGCAGCUGCAGCAGCUGCCCUGAGAGCCGGAGCCGUGGGAAGCCCCAGAGCAUCUGUGGGGAGAGCACCUGAAGAAGUGCAGAAGGAAGCAGCAGGCUGUCUGUGAGCUCCCAGCUCCAGGGAACCACCAUGGAUUCUUGCAGGGUACCUGCAAACGCCUCCAAGUGCAGCGGGAGCACCAUGGAGUGCUUCAUGGUGCUCAGCACGCAGGCACAGAAGAUAAGCAUCGGCAUCCUGUGUGGCCUCUUUGGGACAAUGUGUGUUUUUGAGAACUCCCUGGUGCUCUACCUGAUUUUCUCAUCCCCUGGCAUCAGGAAGAAGCCCUCCUACCUCUUCAUCGGCAGCCUGGCCCUGGCUGACAUCCUGGCCAGCAUCAUCUUUGUCUGCAGCUUCGUGAACUUCCACGUGUUCAACGAGGCUGGUUUCUCCAAGGAGGUGUUCCUGCUGCAGCUGGGAGGGGUGAACACGUCCUUCUCGGCCUCCCUCAGCAGCCUGCUGCUCACAGCCCUGGACCGCUACAUCUCCAUCAGCCGGCCCUCGCAGUACAAGCUGCUGAUGACCAGGAAAAGGGCCUGGACAGCCCUGGCGGUGCUCUGGGUCACCUGUGCCACCAUCGCUUGCCUGCCCCUGCUGGGCUGGAACUGCUGCGUGCUGGAUUCCUCCUGCUCCGAGCUGUUCCCCUUCGUGGAUGACAAUUACCUGUCGGGCUGGAUCUGCUUCGUCGUGGUCCUGCUGGGCUGCAUCGUCUACGCCUACGCCCACGUGCUCCGCAGGGCUCGCCAGCACGUGGCCUACAUGGAGAAGCACCAGGCGCAGGCAGGGAAGCAGAACACCCGGAUGAGGAUGGACGUGAUGCUGGCCAAGACCCUGGUGAUGGUGCUGGCCGUCCUCACGCUCUGCUGGUCCCCCGUGCUCGUGCUGAUGAUCUACAGCGUCUUCGGCAGGCUGAGCGAGCGCCUGCGCAAGGCGUUCGCCUUCUGCAGCACCCUCUGCCUGCUCAACUCCAUGGUCAACCCCAUCAUCUACGCCCUGCGGAGCAAGGAGCUCUUCUCCUCCCUGAGGAGGGUGCUGUCCCACUUCAGGAGGCAGCUGAAGGCCCCCGAGGAGAGCCCAGAAGCAGAGAGCACCCACAAGUCCUCCGUGAUAGAGACCGUCUGCGAGGACACGCGCGCCAACUAGGGGGGCACCUGUGGGACAUCCACCCACUCAGCCUGGAAGGAACAGUCUGGAUUGCUUUUCCUUUUAUUUUCCCUUCUGAUGGGGGUUGAGGGAUCAGCUGUGAUGUGGAGACAGCUCCUGCUGAUGUCACCCCUCAACGCUGGGACACGAAGUGCACAGACUUUGCUCUCAGGCACAGGCUGGGGUUGUCGGGGUGUCCUGUGCAGGGCCAGGACUGGAUGAUCCUUGGGGUGUCCCAGCUCAGGAUAUUCCCUGAUUCCGUGACAAUCUCCUGCCGGGGGAGGUUCAGGUUGGACAUCAACAGGAAUUCCUUCAUGGAAAAGGUGGUCAGGCUUUGGAAGGGGCUGCCCAUGGAUGUUUGGAGUCCCCAUCCCUGCAGGUGUCACCUGGGUGUGGCACUCAGCGCUCUGGGCUGGUGACAAAGUGAGGACUGGGCACAGCUGGCACUCGAUGGUCUGGGAGGGCUUUUCCAACUUCUCACUGUGGCUUCAGGACUUGGCCAGAGCUGGGGCAGACAGGAGCUUGCAGGCAGCACAAUUCUUCCUGCAGAUUUCAGGAGAACUGCCCAAACCACACGGGUGUUUGUGGGAUGAUAUGUGAUUAAACGUACAAGCCAUUUUCCAGGGUUUUCGUCCUUUUCUUUCCCGGUGUACAAAGUUCUCCAGGUGACAAGUUUAAGCCCAAACUGGGGCACCUACUUUGAGCAUGAGGAACUCGAUUGGGGUUGUUUUGCUGCAAAUUAUGCAAAAGCAGCACUUUUAGCUGAAUGGACAGUGAAGUGGGACAGGGCCCCUCACCAGUGACCUGGAGCAGCUGGGCUCCUGCCAGCUCCCAAAAUGCCUCCAACAGGGAUGAGCCUGGCUGGCCAUGGCCACGAGGCCCUUGCACUCUGCCCUGUGUCCCAGAGGAUGCACUGCCCAGCUCCCCAGGGAAUGGGCACAGCCCCGAGGCUGCCAGAGCCCCAGGAGCCUUUGGACACUGCUCCGGGGAUGCACAGGGUGGAUUGUUGGGGUCAUCCCUGAUGUCCCUCCAUCCCUUCCCAGGAUGUUCCCCAAUGGCUGGGGUUAUCCCUCCAUCCCUCCAUCCCUCCCUGGGAUAUUCCCCGAUUGUUUGGGUUAUCCCUCCAUCCGUCCCUGGGAUAUUCCCCGAUUUUUGGGCUAUCCCCGGUGUCCCUCCAUCGCUCCCCGGUACAUUCCCCGGUUAUCGGGCUAUCCCGGUGUCGCUCCCAGUUCGUUCCCCGGUUAUCGGGCUAUCCCGGUGUCGCUCCCGGUACAUUCCCCGGUUAUCGGGCUAUCCCGGCGUCUCUCCCCGGUACAUUCCCCGGUUAUCGGGCUAUCCCGGUGUCUCUCCCCGGUUCAUUCCCCGGUUAUCGGGCUAUCCCCGGUGUCGCUCCCGGUUCAUUCCCCGGUUAUCGGGCUACCCCCGGUGUCUCUCCCCGGUUCAUUCCCCGGU